AUGAAAGCGCCGAAGAAGGGCUCAAAGAAAGCCGUUUCUAAGAGCGUCUCCAAGACCGGCAAGAAGAAGAGGAAGACCAGGAAGGAGAGCUACGCCAUCUACGUGUACAAGGUCCUGAAGCAGGUCCACCCCGACACCGGCAUCUCGUCCAAGGCCAUGCUGAUCAUGAACUCGUUCGUGAGCGACAUCUUCGAGCGCAUCGCCGGCGAGUCCUCCCGUCUGGCUCACUACAACAAGCGCUCCACCAUCACCUCCAGGGAGAUCCAGACCGCCGUCCGCCUGCUGCUGCCCGGUGAGCUGGCCAAGCACGCCGUGUCUGAAGGCACCAAGGCCGUGACCAAGUACACCAGCUCCAAGUAAACCCGCUGAUACACCCAGCAACACAAAGGCCCUUUUCAGGGCCACCCACUGUUUACACUAAGAGCUUUCUUCCUGUUAAUAAGUCAGUUUAGCUACUGUUAAUGUUCAAUAUUCUGUACUCUUCUGUCUUCUAACUCAAGAACCUGUCUUGAUGGCUUUAGUAGCCAAUAAUAUAGCCUAUAUAUCAUUUUGUCUUGUUGCACUGGACACUAGAACUCAGUAGAAGCUGCUCCUGUAUGGGGCAUAUGACUUGCAAUAAUUCCUAGAGUUUACCAUUAAAGCUAAUUAUUCUAGAGGCCAGAACUUUAAGUUGACAUAUAAUAAUGUCAUGGCCUUUCGGUUGGUUAGUUAAAUUCCAAUGUUUAGAAGUUAUACUAUAUCAUUAACACAAAUAAAUGUAAAAACACUCAAUGUAACUUCAAAAUCCGGUGCCCGUCCCGGUUUUUAUCCACUAGAUGGCGCCAUUGGUCGCGUUACAAGUAAAGCUCCAAAGUGGGAGUGUAGGCUACUCAGAUCCACAGUAUCAAUAUCCCAAUAUAAAAAUACUUCAUUACAUGCAAAGGAAAUCCAGAAAAUGUAAACAAUUUUCAGUGUAAAACAGAUACAAUCCCUUUGUACAAAUAAUGGUAUUAGAUCCAUAUGUAAUAGCCUAUAUUUGACACACAGCGUUUCUGCUUAAGAGUGUACACAGGUUAAACCGGUUUAAAACUAAUUUUAUUAUUGUGUUAACCUCAGACUCCUUGUCUGUAUUUCAUGUUCUCUGAGGAACAUAUAGAAUAUGUAAUUUUCAAUUACUUAACAAUGUACAACCCUCCUUCACAUUUAUAUUACACACUUGUGGACCCGAGGAUAAUAAAAGUGUCCUCUUCCUA